UAAACUAUGGUUCCUUAAAGGCAACAGGAGCAGCUGUAACGUGGGUCCAGUGUGUUUGUGUGUUUGUUUGUCUGAAAUUGGUGGAUAAACAUGGAAACGCUUUUCAGUACAGUGUUAAUAAGGAAAGUGAAAGCAGCAUGAGAGUCCAGAGAUGAGGUGUGGUGGUGACUUGCUUGAGGGGCUGAUAGCAGUGGAGCAGGGAUGGUUUGCCUGUCAUGACUGCUCUCAUCUGGAUGCUCGCAUGGCUGCCUCUGGUCCUGCCAGCUAUGAGUAAACUCCCCCAGCCUGUCAACAUGACUCUGUCCUCAGUCCAUUUCAUUCAUGUGCUGAAAUGGGAGGCUGGACCCAGGACACCCACAGGAGUCCACUACCAUGUCAGCGUUCACACAAUUCGGGGGCUUUCCUGGGUGCCAGUGGCUGGCUGCGAGCAUGUCCAGCACCCACUGGUUUGCAACCUGACAGAGGCCUUCUCUAACCCAAAUGAGUCCUACUAUAUCGAGAUUAAAGCAGUGCUGGACGCACAGCACUCGGAACCAGUCACCCGAGAUGAUUAUAAGCCAAUCAGAGACGCUGACAUGGAUCUGCCGCUGCUGACUGUGACGCCCUGUGGACGAGACUUGUGUGUGGACCUUCAGCCUCCCAUGGAGCACCUUAAGAAGAUCUAUGAUUCUCUGCAGUACACACUCAUGAUCAAGAGCAACAAUACAGACAAAGCUCAGUUUAAGGACACCAAGUCUCUGGGAAAAGUGCUUUUGACGGAUCUGGUCUCUGGCAGAGUGUACUGUGUCUCAGUCUGCUUCUCAGACAAAUAUGCUCCUAGGGAGUCCAAGUACAGCCAACCUGUGUGUGCUUCUACCCUUGGCCUCUUCACCGCAGGUACAGACCUGUGGAUCGCAGCCUUGUUGAUUUUGUUGGUGAUGUUUGUUUUGGUCCUGGUGGCCCUGCUGGUCUUUACUGGUUUCAUCUGUCUGAGGAGGAGGUCAUUACCAUCAGUCCUGGAAAUCCAUCACAUAGAAGGGGUUGUAGUGGUCCCAUCCUGCAAGACGUCCCUGUUUUCUCUCCUGGAUAUUAAUCCAACGGCGCCCUCUUCAGGCCAAAAGAGGACCAGCCAAACAUCAGACAACAGCGAUGCACAGAGUGAAACAGAGAGCACUGGUGGGAGCAGAGGAGGAGGGUAUAAACUGCGGAGGGGCACUAACCUCCUCUCUUCCUCCUCCUCAUCUCCAUCAUUGUUGUCAGCUCCUUUAUGCCCAGAGCCGGAGCCGUUGCUGCCGAGCUUCUCCUCAAACCAAACGCCAUCAGACUUCUUCCAUCCCCAGGCUGAACCCUGCGUCUCUGCAGAGACACAUUCCCCUGCUGGACUGAAGGAUUCUCUGCUGAUAUCAGAGCCGAGUUCAGACCCCCGUCCUGCAGACGCAGACCUUUUGACUGUAGGAAAAAUCCAGCCAGUGAAGGCGGAGGAGAAGGUGGCGGGAGACGGGGGCAGCCAGGAUGUCAACCUCUUCACAUUAACCUUCGGCACGCAUGGGGAGGAAGAGGAGGAGGAGUCCCAUUUGGACGUGGCAGAGGUGGAGACAGAGUCUUCCUCUGCUUCAGAGGUGUACCGCACCAUUCCAACUCCGCCCUCACAAACUACGGGCGCCAAGGACGUUUCCAUAGCAACUGUUUCCUACUCUGACGAUGACGAAGAUGAGGAGGACGACGAGGUGGACGAGCUCUCUGGAUAUAUGAGGCGCCCAUAGAUGUCUGACAGAACUUAUCAUAGAAGUCUGGCUGUUUUCCAGCUGGACGUUACGCCGUUUCACGUCUUUUUACAAUUCCAUAGUGUUUUCAACGAUACACUCAACUCCCGAUUCAAUUCAGGAUUUUAAGUUGACGAUGCCAUUUUCUCAGGAUUUUUCAGAUUGAGCGGCUGACACAUGACUAAAAAAUAUUCCUUUAUUUCUAGAAGCUGUGCAGAACAACAGAUGUGUCCUCUUAUCAAAAGGGACACUCAACUUGUAUUUUAUCUCAAAUAACUUUCAAAAUUAAAUCAAAAAACAAUAAUUAGAUUUUUUUUAAACAAAUCCCACAUGAAAAGAA